AUGGAUAGCAAAAAGCGGAAAGUAGACAGUGAAAAUAGGCAGUUUUUACCAGAGUGGACGGACCAGUAUUUGUUUAUACUUCCAAACAAAAGUGGAGCUGUGCCUGUGUGUUUGAUAUGUCAACAAACUGUAUCUGUUGUCAAGAGUUCAAACGUUAAACGACACUUUGAGACUAAACACAAGCCGUUUGAUACAAAAUACCCAACAGGAAGUGAUCUUCGCAAGUCUAAGAUUGAGAGUUUACGUUCGAACUACUUAGCUAGUACCCAGAUAUUAAAUCGAACAAUGACUGCCCAAGAAAGAUGUGCAGAGGCUUCUUUGCGUAUUUCGUGGACUCUCGCUAAACAUAUGAAACCGUUUACUGAUGCAGAUAUAGUCAAAGAAUGCAUGAUUGAGGCAGGAAACGUGUUAUUUGAGAAUAAACAAGACGUUGUUGACACUAUUCGUCGCAUGCCGCUUUCUGCAUCUACCAGCACACGAAACACUGAAGUUUUAGCAGAAGAAAGUUCUAAAAGCUUGAAACAGAUUCUAGCAGCUACAGACAGAUACGCUUUAGCGUUAGACGAAUCAUGUGACAUUACCGAUACAGCUCAAUUGAUUGUUUUUGUGAGGUUUUUGGACAUUAAAAAAGAACAGUUUGUGGAAGAAUUGUUAACUAUAUUGCCAAUAUCAGGGCAAACACGUGGAGAGGACUUGUACAAUGUUUUAAUGGACUAUUUUGAGAAAGCUGACUUGGAUUUGAAAAAAAUUAUAUCAGUAACGACAGAUGGUGCUGGUGCGAUGACAGGAAAAAACAAAGGCUUGAAAUUAGAAGCUUUACGAGAAAGGUUGUUCUUUGGUGUGAAGAUAUCAGUAACGAACGUGUGCACUUUCCACCAAGCCAGCCUGAACUCAGUUUGUGAAACCGACGACGUUAUUGACAUGACACAGUUUGUAAACUUUUUAAACGACCUCAAAUCUGAGUUCGAAGCUCGAUUUAGUGACUUUGACAAAAUAGGGAAUGUGGUUCAAGUCCUAAAUAACUGUUUUUCUCUAAAGCCUAAUGGAGAGUGGACCAAUGAAGCAGCAGUAGUUUUGAAUUGUAAUAAAGCAGCCCUGCAAAUGGAAAUAAUAGAUUUUCAGGAAGACAUUGCUCUGAAGGACAAAUUUAGACAAGUCCCGAAAGAACUUUCGUGUGAGCUAUUUUGGAUCAAGUAUGUGAGCAGUGAAAAAUAUCCUGAACUGAAAAACUUGGCCAUCAAACUUUGUACAAUGUUUGGAUCAACGUACACAUGUGAGUCUGCAUUUUCAAGGAUGAACUUUAUCAAAAAUAAAUACAGAUCUCGCCUCAGUGACAGCCACCUCAACAACCUGAUGAGAAUCAGCUGCACAGGACUCAUUCCAAACUUUAAAGAAGUGGCCCAGAAUAAAAAAUGUCAUUUCUCUCACUAA